AUGGUCGCAAUGUUCUACAUACGCGUGAUACUGUCUUUACUAUUAUUGCCGCUGAUUUUGGCGCAGGACUACUAUGCUAUACUGGAUAUAGGCAAAGAUGCCUCCGAGAAGGAAAUCAAGUCUGCAUACAGACAAUUGUCCAAGAAAUACCAUCCAGACAAGAAUGCUGGGAGCGACGAGGCCCACCAUAAGUUCAUUGAGAUUGGCGAGGCAUACGAGGUGUUGAGCGAUCCUGAAAAGAAGAAGGUCUACGACCAGUUCGGUGCGGAUGCCGUGAAGAACGGUGGCGGCGGUGCAGGUGGGCCCGGUGGAGGUGGGUUCCAUGACCCUUUUGAUAUUUUCGAGCGUAUGUUCCAAGGUGGCCAUGGCGGACCUGGUGGUGGGUUUGGUCAGAGACAGAGGCAGCGGGGCCCAACAAUCAAGGUCCACGAGAACCUAUCUUUGAAGCAGUUUUAUUCCGGCACGUCCAUAGAGUUUACUUUGAGUUUGAACGACGAAUGUGAUGGUUGCCAUGGUAGUGGUUCCGCCGACGGGAAACUGGCCCAGUGUCCAGAUUGUCAAGGGCGUGGGGUCAUAGUGCAAGUGCUCCGCAUGGGUAUCAUGACGCAACAGAUCCAGCAAAUGUGUGGCAGGUGUGCGGGUACAGGACAGGUGAUCAAGAACCAGUGUAAGACGUGCCACGGAAAUAAAGUUACCAAGACGAACAAAUUCUUCCACGUCGACGUUCCACCAGGCGMACCAAGAAACUACAUGGAUACAAGAGCCGGUGAGGCUGAAAAGGGUCCGGACUUCGACGCAGGCGACCUGGUCAUCGAGUUCAGAGAAAUGGACACAGGGAAUAUGGGCUACCGAAGAAGAGGCCACAACCUGUACAGAACAGAAGUCCUCUCGGCCGAGGAGGCCCUAUACGGUGGAUGGGAAAGAACGAUAGAAUUCCUUGACGAGAACAAGCCCGUUAAGUUAUCCAGACCCGCACACGCGGUGGUCUCCAAUGGUGAGAUAGAGGUCGUGAAGGGGUUCGGCAUGCCCAAGGGUAGUAGAGACCACGGUGAUUUGUACAUAGACUACGUAGUCGUCAUGCCAAAGGCACUCGCACACGAGCGCACCACGCUCAAGGACGAACUGUAG